GCGAAGUGACACGAGCAGUCAGUCCACCUUCGGUUAGAGUUAGUGCAGAGUUUAGUUCUCUUCGGUUUAACGUUAAAAAAAAAUAAAUACAUAAAUAAAUAAAAUGACUUCUUUGCUGUCCACUUUAAACAGAGGUUUACGCUGUACAGCGCGGCUCUGCAGGGUGUCCCAGCCCCGGGUCGAGUAUAAACCUCACUUUAUUGCGGGGGGCCGAUGGUCCGCGCGGUGCUCGUCGAGGUUCACACACGCCUCCGAGACGGCGCGCGCUUCAGGUGCGUACAGGACAGGUGUGCUCGUGGCCACCGGCGCGUUCGGGAUCCUGGCCGCCGGGGUUUGUCACCUGCGCCAGGCGGAGAUGGCGACCAGGCUGGUGGGGAAGAAGCCGGAGGGGGUAAGAGGAGGAGGAGGAGAGGAGGAGGAAGGAGACGUCGCGCAGAGGUGCAAGAGGUUCAUGUCCCCGCCGGUCACCGACGUGCGCGUGCUGGAGCAGAGGAAGAGCGACAUGAGCAGCAGGAUGGAGAUGAUGAUCAUGGAGACCCAGGCUGAGUUCUGCAGGGCGCUGGAGGAGGUGGACGGGGGAACCUUCAAGGUGGACCGCUGGACCCGUCAGGAAGGUGGCGGCGGGAUCAGCUGUGUGUUACAGGACAGUAAGGUGUUCGAGAAGGCCGGCGUGAACAUCUCGGUGGUGUCCGGUCAACUGUCGGAAGAAGCGGCCAAGCAGAUGCGCAGCCGCGGGAAGUCGCUGAAAUCGAAAGACGGGAAGCUGCCCUUUACUGCCAUGGGCGUCAGCAGCGUGAUCCACCCGAAAAACCCCCACAUUCCCACAGUGCACUUCAACUACAGAUAUUUCGAGGUGGAGGACGCAGACGGCAAUAAGCAGUGGUGGUUUGGAGGAGGAACUGAUCUGACUCCGGUUUACAUUAACAAAGACGACGCCGCUCUUUUCCACGGUGUUCUCCGUGAAGCCUGUGACAAGCACAACCCUCAGUAUUACCCCGACUUCAAAAAAUGGUGCGAUCGUUACUUCUUCAUCAAGCAUCGUAACGAGUCCCGGGGUAUCGGUGGGAUUUUCUUUGACGACCUGGACGGUCCGAGUCAGGAAGAGGCGUUCAGCUUUGUGAAGAGCUGCGCCAAGACGGUGGUGCCGUGCUACCUGCCGAUUGUCCGCAAACACCUCAACGACAAGUUCACGCAGGAGGAGAAGGACUGGCAGCAGAUCAGACGCGGCAGGUAUGUGGAGUUUAACCUGGUGUACGAUCGCGGCGUCAAGUUCGGCCUCGCUACCCCCGGCUCCAGGAUUGAGAGCAUCAUCAUGUGUCUACCUCUCACAGCACGAUGGGAAUACAUGCAUGAGCCCCCUCAAGGCACCAAAGAAGCUGAGAUGCUGAAAGUUUUACGCAACCCCAUAGAGUGGAUCUGAAGACACUCAGACACACUGAGACACACACACAAACAUACACACACACUGAGACACUAAGCGUCCUUAUGAUUGUCAUGAUGCCACUGUUGAGUCAGUUUCAGGCUCGUCUCUGUCGCUGGAUCUCUCUGGGGACGUGACUGAGAUUUCAUUGUUCUCUGCCUUUUUUCUUCUGUUGCAAGGCGCAAGGCGACGGAAGAAAAAAGGCAGUUACGUCUGCUCAACUAACCUUCCUCUCCACGGCCGUCUCUUAUCUAUCAUGAUAAAUGUUUUAUACACAUAUUAUUAGCCCCAUAUCUCUCGUUUAAUGCUGCUUCUGCCGUUUCAAGCAAGAUUUCUGCUGAUUUUCAAUACCAGUUUUAUUACUUUUUCUUCUUGUGAUUUUUGUCCCUCUUGAAAGAAAUUGAAAGGCAGCUACUCUUCUUCUGUGAUUUAUUUUUAAUCUUCCUGAGAAAGCAGCUGUUACAAUUAUGACUUUAGAUGAAAAUAGGUGAUUUGAAGUCCUGUUCCUCUGAUGGAAAAAUAGGUGCAUUUGUAAUCAUGUCAUAGAAAUUUAUAAGAAUAUUAUAAACGUUUUGAUUUGUAAAAGGACUUUGUGAAGUGAUGAAGCUCUGGCAUUGAGCUGUUAAAGUAAUAUUCUUGUAAAAUCCAAUUCUGAGAGCUGAGCUUUAUUUUUAAAAAAACACACCAUAGAGAAUGCAGCUUUCCACAGCGUUUCGGUUCGUUUUGCGGUAUCCGUCCACUCCUCGAUUAGAAAAUGACGCUCCAUCUUGGAAAUGUAUUUUACAGAUAAAAAUCAUUGUUUUAGAUGAACAUAUUUAUGGAAGUCUAAGUGAAUUAGAAAUAUUUAAUAAGCACUUAGACUUUUAUUAUAUAAACAGAGCUUUGUGUUCAUGAGAUUAUAUCAUUCCUGUGUUACAAUGAGAGAGAACUGAGCCUUUAUUUUAGAGGAAAAGAUUUCAAAUAUUGUCUUUGCUUUUGAUAAAAAAUAAAUUUCAAACUUUUAUGCUUUGACAAAUCUCAAAUAAAUAAUGUCUAACACUGUC